GGAGAGCAGUGACAGAGAGCAGAGGAACACCUAGCAGCUCACUCACUGUCCCAUUCACACACAUACAGGCAAGGAUCCAAGCAUGGAAAGGGCAGUCACUGGCACUCUGCUGCUGUCUGUGGCUUGCUUCAUCCUGAGCUCUCGUACCGCUCGCUCAGAGGAAGACCGCGAUACCUUGUGGGACGCUUGGGGAUCAUGGAGCGAAUGUUCACGGACUUGUGGUGGAGGAGCUUCUUAUUCCUUGAGGCGGUGUCUAAGUAGCAAAAGCUGUGAAGGGCGCAAUAUCCGGUACAGAACUUGCAGCAAUGUGGAUUGUCCGGUGGAAUCUGGAGAUUUUCGUGCUCAACAAUGUUCAGCUCACAAUGACGUCAAAUAUCAAGGACAGUACAGAGAAUGGCUUCCUGUUCACAAUGACCCAGAAAACCCCUGCUCCUUAAAGUGCCAGGCAAAGGGCACUUCUCUUGUUGUGGAACUCGCUCCUAAAGUCCUUGAUGGCACUCGGUGUUACACAGAGUCAUUGGAUAUGUGCAUCAGUGGUUUGUGCCAGAUUGUUGGCUGCGAUCACCAGCUAGGAAGCACUGCAAAAGAAGAUAACUGUGGAGUGUGCAACGGGGAAGGGUCCACCUGCCGUUUAGUUCGAGGACAAUACAAAUCACAGCUCUCAGUACUUAAAUUGGAAGAUACUGUGGUUGUUAUUCCCUAUGGAAGCCGACAUGUUCGCCUUGUGCUGAAGGGACCUGAUCAUUUGUAUUUAGAAACCAAAACCUUACAAGGUGUAAAAGGAGAAAGCAGCCUCGGUAGCACAGGUUCUUUACUUGUAGACAAUACUACUGUUGAUUUUCAGAGGUUUCCUGACAAAGAAAUCCUCAGGAUGGCUGGUCCUCUUUCUGCUGAUUUCUCUGUUAAGAUUCGCUAUGCCGGAGCUGCUGAUAGUGUGGUGCAGUUUAUUUUUUACCAACCUAUUAUACAUCGCUGGAGAGAAACAGAUUUUUUUCCUUGUUCGGCUUCAUGUGGAGGAGGUUACCAGCUAACUUCUGCAGAAUGUUAUGAUCUACGAAGUGGGAGAAUUGUGGCAGAUCAGUAUUGUCAUUACUAUCCUGAAAAUGUGAAGCCAAAGCCAAAGUUGCAAGAGUGCAACAUGGACCCUUGCCUGGCCAGUGAUGGCUACAAGCAAAUUAUGCCGUAUGACCUUUAUCAUCCUCUUCCAAGAUGGGAGUCUACUCCAUGGACCGCUUGCUCUUCAUCCUGUGGAGGUGGAAUCCAGAGCCGCUCUGUCUCCUGUGUGGAGGAGGAUAUGCAGGGGCACAUUAGCUCUGUAGAAGAAUGGAAAUGUAUGUACACUCCCAAGAUGCCUAUCGUACAGCCAUGCAAUAUUUUUGACUGUCCCAAGUGGCUGGCACAAGAAUGGUCACCAUGUACUGUUACAUGUGGACAUGGCUUGAGGUAUCGAGUAGUUCUCUGUAUUGACCACAGAGGGAUCCAUACAGGUGGCUGUAAUCCUAAAACAAAGCCUCAUAUAAAGGAAGAAUGCACUGUGCACAUACCUUGUUUCAAGACCAAAGAGAAAUUACCAGUUGAAGCUAAACUUCCUUGGUAUAAGCAAGCCCAAGAACUGGAAGAAACAACUGCUGUAUCAGAAGAACCUUCCUUCAUCCCUGACGCCUGGUCUCAGUGCAGUGUAACCUGUGGGGUUGGUCUCCAGCAGAGGGCUGUAAAGUGCCAAGUGCUUCUGUCCUUUUCCCAAACCAUUGCUGAUCUUCCUGCUGAAGAGUGUGAGGGACCCAAACCUGCAACUCAGAGGACAUGUUACAGUGGCUCUUGCAAUGGUGAACCUGUGGAGUACAACCCUGAUGAUGCAGAGAUGGCCUAUGGCAGAUUAAAGGACACUGAUGAACUUUAUGAUUGGGAGUAUGAAGGAUUCUCUGAGUGCUCUGAAUCCUGCGGGGGAGGUGUACAAGAGGCUGUGGUAAUUUGCUUGAACAAACAGACAAGAACUACUGUAGGUGAGAGUAUGUGUGUGGUCAGCAGUCGUCCUCCGCCACUUCUGAAAACCUGUAACAUGGAGGCUUGUCCUCCGAGGUGGGAGAUAGGUAACUGGAGCAGCUGCAGCUUGACGUGUGGAGUUGGUCUGCAAACCAGGGAUGUCUUUUGCUCACAUCUUUUAUCAAGAGAGACAAAUGAAACUGUGGUCUUAGCAGACAGUUUUUGUCGGCAACCUAAGCCUACCUUAGUGCAAGCAUGUAACCGAUUUGACUGUCCGCCAGACUGGUACUCUUCUGAAUGGAAUCAGUGCUCACAGACAUGUGGUGGAGGUCUCCAGACUAGGGAAGUCCUCUGCAAGCAACGCCUAUCUGAUGGCAGCAUUUUGGAACUCCUAGAUACAUUUUGCUCUUCUUUAAAACCAGUGUCUCAGGAGCUAUGUAAGAAUGAAGACUGUCCCCCAGAUUGGCACGUAACUGGCUGGUCUCAGUGUUCUGUGACCUGUGGAGAGGGAAUACAAAUCCAAACUGCUGAAUGUAGGAAGACGUUGAAAUCUGGAGACUCCACCGUGGUGAAUUCCUCUCUGUGCUCAGGCGCAUCUCUUCAUCUCUUGACUCAGCCUUGCUCAUUAGCAGCUUGUGCAAGAUUCAGGCCUGGACAAAACAAGAAUCCCCAAAUCACAGGGACGAAAAACAUGUAUAUCCAGGUCAAAAAACAGAAGAAGCUUCAGUUUGUUGUUGGCGGGUAUGCGUAUUUGCUUCCCAAGACCUCUCUUGUGCUAAGGUGUCCUGUGAGGAGGUUUCGUAAGCCGCAGAUAGUUUGGGAGAAAGAUGGAAAACACUUGACCAGCUCAGAGCAUGUUACAGUGGCACCACACGGCUACAUCAAAAUUCACCACCUUCGCCCCUCUGACUCUGGAGUUUACACAUGCAUGGCUGGGCCUAGCCAAGAACAUUUUGUUAUCAAGCUCAUUGGGGAGAACAACAAAAUCAUCUCUCAUUCUUCAAGGGGCAGAGAAGAAGAAAUACUUAAGAAAGCCAGGAAAAAUGAAGCGUAUAAUCGUCCAGAGAAACAACAGAAUGGAAAUCUCUUUAACAGAAGCAAAAGUGAAAAGCAAAUUCAAAUAACAGAUCCUAGCAGCCAGUAUGAUAACAUUGUUUCACGUCUUCUUGCUCUGAAGAUUUGGUCAGUCCGAAAUGUUGAUCCUUUUGAAGCUCAGGAAUCAUUUGAGAGAAAUAUGUCAUCAGAAGAGGAGCAUGUAAUAGAGCACUCUUUACCUUGCACACUUGUCACUGAUCUAAAGGCCUUAGAUGACAUCAUUAGAACAUUGUCCCAGCAACCUGCAGAGCUCCAAGAGAACCACAGUAGGCGCCUUCUUUUGCAGUUAGCCCAAGAUAUGAUGAGACGUAAGCCAGAAAACACUGAACCCCCUGUAUUUAAGUCUGACACAAAAGAUACUUUUGGAACCUUGGAACAUUCGUUGUACAAACCUGUUUCUGGAUUUUCUAGUUCUUGGAGGGCUUCAUCGAUGGAGGCAGAAGUGUCUGAUCAUCUUUCAGAUCACAAUCUCAGAAAACCAGUCAUUCUGAGGAAGAUUUCAGCAGCUCAACAGUUCUCUGCCUCUGAGGUUGUCACCCAUAUUGGACAAACUGUGGCACUGGCUAGUGGGACACUCAGUGUACUUCUUCAUUGUGAGGCAGGUGGAAACCCCAAGCCAAUUAUAAGCUGGACGAGGAAUGGAGAGGAGGUUAAAUAUAGCAAUAGGAUCCUUCUUAAGCCAGAUGAUUCUUUGCAGAUCCUCGAGCCACUUGAAGCUGAUGUUGGCUUCUAUACAUGCAAUGCCACCAAUUCAUUAGGUUCCGCCUCAGUCUCUAUCGCUAUCACUUUAGCAGGGAAGCCAUUAAUAAAGACCUCUAAGACUGCUUUUAUCAAUCUGGAUGCUCCAUCCAUCACUGUCGAUGUGGGAAGUGUCGUGAAAACCAUCCAAGGAACAAACGUUACCAUCCACUGUCAAGUUGCAGGUCUCCCUGAAGCAGAGGUUACAUGGUACAGAAACAAAAGCAGAGUGAACCCUUCAUCUCACACAAGCGAUGCCUCUCUGACUAUUGGAGAUGUAACAAAGGCUGACCAAGGGCUGUAUACCUGCAGGGCAGCCAAUGUGCAUGGGGAGGUGUCAGAAUCUACUCAGCUGCAGGUUCUAGGUCCGUCCCUGAAUACUCAUGGAAUGGAACAUUUAAAAUCCAUUUUUGCUCAAAUUGGGCCUGGCAUUCCAUACGUGUUGACAGCUACUCUAGGGAACCAUCUGCAGGUGGAUCUUGGGAGUUCAGCAUUAAUAGGUUGUCCAGUCAAAAAUGACUCAAUUCCCAACAUCUCUUGGCUUCAUGCCAAUCAUCCUCUGGGCACAAAUGUAAAUCUGAGACAUGAGCUUUUGGAGGGUGGUCAGAUUCUUCGGUUAACUGACCUGAGCACAGAUCACCAAGGAGAAUAUAACUGUGUUAUUCAUACCCCAUCUGGAUCACUUAUACAAACAGCUUCCCUGACAUUUCAAGUUCCCUUCACGGAAUACCAGUGGUCUAUAGAAAGUCUAGCACCAUGUACAGCUUCCUGUGGUAACCGGGGCAUGCAACAACCUCAGCUUAGAUGUGUACUAAAUAAACAAGUGGUCAACACAUCCUUUUGUCUAGAGAAGCCAAGACCAUCCAUAAAACCUGGGGCAUGUAACAGAAGAGACUGUCCACCAAGGUGGAUGGUUACAUCGUGGACAUCUUGCUCACAAAGUUGUGGUGGUGGAGUCCAGAAUCGUCGUGUCACAUGUCAGAAAUUGACAGCUGCAGGCUACUCUGUCCCUGUGUCCAAUGACAUCUGUGCGUUAUCUGCCAAACGUCCAGUAGACAGCCAGAGUUGCAGUAGACAGCUGUGUGUUCAAUGGACCACAUCAUCCUGGGGGCAGUGUCAUGGACCAUGCAUUGGACCACGAAUGGCUGUACAGCACAGACAAGUCUACUGCCAAACCAGAGAAGGAACCAUUGUAUCCCCAGAACAAUGUCAAGCCCUACCAAGACCGCUCAGUACACAGAACUGUUGGUCAGAAGUCUGCAGUGUACACUGGCGCGUAUCCCCUUGGACUUUAUGCACAGCAACAUGUGGCAACUACGGUUUCCAGUCUAGACGAGUUGAAUGUGUUCACCACCGCACCAGCAAACAAGUACAGGACCAUUUAUGUUCCUGGAGACCUCGCCCAUCAAACUGGCAACGUUGCAACAUCACCCCCUGUGAAAAUGUUGACUGCAGAGACACAACCAGAUACUGUGAGAAGGUGAAGCAACUUAAAUUAUGUCAACUUUCACAAUUUAAGUCACGUUGUUGUGGAACUUGUGGAAAAGCCUGAAGUUUAAUAGAGCAGGCUCCCUCCGUUUUUGCAAGGAAGAAAAAUGCAUAUUCACAGGCCUGAUGUCCCUGUGGCUUUAUUUAUUUUUUUGAUGUUCAGCCUUUGUAAAUGACUUGACAAGGUUCUCUUCCAUCGAUGCUGGAAGACAGAAUGCAGUAAACGCCUGACAUCAUUACUCAGAUGAGCUUGUCACAAGGUGGACUUGGUUAGUACUUAGUGACAAGGCUUUAACACUGAUGAAAAAGACACUUGGUUGCGUCAUGAGCCUUGCUGUGCCCGCGCACCAUAGGACUUGGCCUUACUGCAGUAUACAGGAAAAAGGGAUAUUAUGGGGCACAGAAAAUCAUUGUGAAAUCAAGUGAUGACUGAUAUCUACAGUUAGCAUUUGGGUGUUAAUGACAAUUAGUUUUCUACUAUAAACUUAUACUGUGCUGCCCAAAUUUGUUACUCCCACAAUAGAAUGUGGAACAUGGAUCUACAGAGGAAUUGUCUCCUGGGACCAUUAAUUAAGCAACAAGCACAGUUGGGACUUUAAAAGCCGCAAAAAUGUAAAUGCAAGACAAAGUAUAGGAUUGCUUAAAGUAACAGGAAAGGAAAAGUGUAUCUGUUGACCCCAAAAUACUUUUUUUUUUUUUUUUGCACAAGUAUGAACACUGCUCCUUAACUGAUGAUGCCAAGGGUUUAUGCUGUGCUGCAGUGAAUAACUAUGUACUAUGGUUUGGAUAACAUUGUUUCCUCCGGAAGAUAUAUCAUCUGCCUUUUAUAUAGCACGUGUCAUCAGCUGCCCCAUAGGCCAAUGUAUUUGGUUUGUAGCAUUAGCUAACCACAUUUUAUUUUCAGUACAAGCACUUUAUAGUAAGAUGCUUGAGAGUGACUUACAAACAAAACAUAGGUGUGCAAGCCCAGAAUGGAGCCCAUAUCCGUAGGACAAGUGGCAUUGUAGUGGAGCAAAAUGAGAGCUAUGCAUGUGAUUAUUUUAGCACUUUGCUUCUUGUACAUUUUAAUGCAGUGGGAUACUUAUUUCAGUUAACAGACAGGGUUAUUUUCCACUCAAAAAAAUGUAAACUGCGAGUUGGAAGCAUUUAUAAAUAGAAUAUUGUUCUUUACGGUGUUAGAGAUUAGGUAUCAUAUCAGAAAACGCCCUCUUCUCACAACCAGUCAUAAUCACUGUCCCUAGUUUACUCAGUAGUGUAUACAAACUGGUACUUUAAAUCAGGAAGGGCAUGGCCACAUGUGGCCCUCUACACUAGUUUUUGCAGCCCCAGGAAAAGUAAAACUAAAAAACGUGAGACAUAUUUUUGUGGCUCCAGAAAAAUAAAAGCAUAACUAAAAAUGUGUGCGUUGGAGUGGCUACAGCUGAAAAUAACUAUCUGAAAGGGAUCACAGCAGACAGAGGUUACCCUGCAACCUUACAUAAAUCUGGCCAAGUGCCACUGAGAAUUGGUUUAAGAAAUAUAUUAUUAUGUAUGUGUUUAAUAGCCAUAGAUUUAUAUGCAGCCCUAUACAGGUUUCUAAAAUCUUGAUCUGUGGCCUGUGUGUUAGGAAGCUGGCCAUCACCGCUUUAAACCAUGAAGCAAGAAAUGUUAAUGUAUGUAGGGGUUUGUAUUCUUACUUUAUCUUGGGUGUAUACUGAAUGUGGUUUAUUUUAUUUUUAUGACUUGUGACUACAGAAGAUUGCUCACUUCCAUGGAGGUCCAAAUGCUGUAAGGAUUUGGAGCAAAGAGUAGUUUUCAAUUCUAAAUUAUAAUAAUUAUCUACAUAAAAUGUCCAGUUACUUAAGAAUUGUCCAGUAUGAAACAGCUGAAAUGCACACAAGCCUUAGUGAUAUCAUAGAGUAAGCAGAGGCAAUGGGGCCUAUGUAUAAAAGGUCUUGCAGAUCUGAUCCGACAGUGCGGAUCAGGUCCACAAGACCUUGCUGAAUGUGGAGAGCAAUACGCUCUCCGUAUUCAGCAUUGCACCAGCAGCGCACAAGAGCUGCUGGUGCAACGCCGCCCCCUGCAGACUCACGACCAAUGGGCCGCCAGCAGGGAGGUGUCAAUCAACCCGAUCAUACUCGAUUGGGUUGAAUUGUGGCGAUUCCUAUCUGCCUGCUCAGAGCAGGUGGACAGGUUAUGGAGCAGCAGUCUUUAGCUGUUUCUAGUGAGUCUGAACACUCGCCAGAAACACGGGCCCACAAGCUCCGUACAGAGCUUGAUAAAUGGGCCUCAAUGCCACAACAGUGAAAAAAACAUAAUUUAAACAAGAUUGGAUGAAGAUACUAGGGUUAAGGAAUAUAAUUCUGUAGACAAACCCCAGAAAUUAUGAAAUUAACCAUCAUUCUAUAAACUUGUUUUGCUAGAAACAAGCAAUACCCACCUGGCUAGUUUAGUGUCACACAUUAUACAGUAACAUUGGUAACAGAGGCCAUGGCACAGUACAUUUGGUCCCAAAGAGUAAACGCAGAUUAUUCACCAAAUUGUUAGCACUUAAAAAGCAAUGAAUGCACAAGCACAGAAUAAUAAUAGGGAUGCACAGAGGUUGACUGGAUUGUCUCCAUACACUGACAGUACUUUUUCACACCAGCAGUAGGGAUGUACAGCACUGUAGAUUUGCUGAUGUUUUUAUACAUUAAACAGAUCUGCAAACGAAAUCUAUAUACAGUAUAUGUGACCACUGCAAUUUCCUGCCAUUAUAGGCUCUAUGUAAAUACAAAUGCACAUCAUACAGACACUUUCUACCAAGGGUUCUUUGAGCAAACUGUGUGUUGCUAAGAUACAGCAUAUUAUUUUUAUUAUUAUUAAAAAUGUUUUUAUGUAUGUAUAACUUUUUUGUAUAUUUAUUAGGGUUUCUUGUAUAAAAAAGUGCAAUAUUAAUAAUUGUACAUUGUUUUCCAGAUAAAAUUAUUUUUGGGACUUUU